AUGCCGGUGAAGUUAGAAAAGAGUUCCACGGUAAAAGGGGCGAGAAGGGCCCAGAAGGACGCAGCAAAGAUGGAGGUUUUUGACCCCUUCACCUCCCAGCUGGGCAUGAUACCGUCACGCAUCCUGACGACGAUGGACACCGCCUCGAAGAAAUUGAGACAUGCGAACACCAACAGCAGCAACGCCAGCAACCAAAAUCGAAGAAAUCCGAACGCCAAUGCGAUGGCGUCCAGUCCGGUUGUCUUGAAAUCACAUUCAGUCACAAGAAAGAAGAAUGAGUUGCAUGUUUCCCUCUUCGCUGAAGGACGACGUCGCCGCAGUAGUGGGUUGCUGCGGCGUCCUUUUUUUGAAUCCUCUUCAGUGGCAGAGGAAACACCGGGGAAAACAGGUCCUGCGUCUGAGCCAUCGUAUGAUCUUGCGUUUUCUGCUGUGGACGAGACAACAAGAGCAGUAGCAGCAGCAGCAGCAACAGCAGGCGAGGCGGCAGCAACGCCGCGUAGGACGAGAAACAAUAACGGCAUGACGGAUGCAUCACAGCAGCACGUGGAAGGAAAGGCGCCAUCGCCGCAGCCAGUCAAAAUUGGUGCAGGUAUUGACAUGGACGGUAAUCAACCGUCUAACCAGAGGGUUCCAUCUGAGUGUUCUAGUUUGAACUCUAGUAUUGCGCAUACGCCGUGUAACAAGGAAAAACGUGGCAUGGAAAAGCAGACGUUAGAGGAAAAUCAGGAUCGAGAACAGCCACUAGGAAAUAAUGCGUUUCUUUUUUCAUUUGAAGGGGAUGAUUUGGAACGGUACACACCGUAUGACGAGGAAACGGAGGAGAAGGCGGUGCACCGGUACAUGGAGAAAAAUCAGACGACAGACGCACCGUGGGAGGGCCGUAAAAGCGAGGUUUCCACCUGUGACUCUAUUCUGCAAUCCUCACCUAAAAAGGCCUUGGAUGCUGAAGUUAUUUCAAUAGACAAUUCUCGUUCUUCCCUUCGUAGUCGAUCGAUACGGCGGAGAUUGUUGAGAGGACAAACCUUUAUGAAGGUGAAGACACGUGGUGGGACGGUUCAUCGUCGUUCCAUUCGACGAACCGUAGCCGAGGGUAUUUCUGAUGUCACGUGCCGUUCCAUGAGUCUGUACAAUGCAUUUUUCCUGGAUGAUGCCAAAAAGGUUUGGCUUGUUGAUGACUUUGUUCUUGCACGGUGCUUGGAUUAUGUUGGACUGAUGGGAUAUGAACAAUUGAUGCCAAAUGGAGACCAGGCGUCGCAGGAUUUACUUUCAGGAAUGACAGUUGGGCGGAUGAGAUCACCCAUUAUACACGCGCCGCAGGAAUUGAAACGUGGUAUUGGUGGUGCUAAUGGGGUGCGUUCGUCCCGUUGGGUUUUAAAUGGGGAACCCUGUAACAAGUAUGCACGAACAGGUGACUCCACUCUUUUUUUACAUCCAUUAGAGUCAGAACGUUGGUUGUCUGAGCAGGAGUACGUUUUAGCGGUUGUUUUUUCCUGUUGUGCAUGGGCCGAUGUUCACAGACGUUUUAGUGCGAAUAAAAGCAAUAAUAAUAAUAAGAAGAAUAGCAGUGGUAAUGAUGGUAAUGACAACGUAGAGCCUUAUUUCUCGCCAGACUGGCAUCCAAUCCGACAAACUGCGGCAUUGGUGCUGGAGCGUUUUCCCCAUUUUGGUGAUGCAGCGGAAUUUGUAGAAAAUUGGGAAAGACAGGUGAGUGUUGUGCUCGGCACGGCCUCCCCAUCACACCAGCGUGUGUUUCAGUUUCCCGGGGAAGGCCUCGUGUUUUCUUCGGAUCUUGAAGGCGGGAAUUUGGCACGUGUAGAGCGGCUGAAGGGGGGCACACCAUGCCAACCGGCCUUUACGUUAUGGUUGGGGCCGGAGUUUGGAUGUGCGCAGCGGCUGUGGUUUCGUUUUGCCAUUUUAGGUGUGCGGCCUCAGUGUGCCAUCUCUUUGAGGAUUGUUAACAUUCAACCCAAUACGAAAUUGUACGCACGAAAUGGAAUGCGUCCGGUCUGGCGUGCGGGAAACUCUCCGCGGUUGUGGACACCGGUGGGGGCGUGCGUGUAUCGCACCAUUAACAAUGAUGAGGAUGGAGAAUUGUCGUUUGUUCUUCUUCCUCGUUCUAGCGAUGUGGUGCAUGUUGCCUUUUGUGUUCCUUACACCUACGCCGACCUCCUAUGCCACAUCACCCACUGGCAUCAGUUGGUCAAGAUGAGUAUCAGUGGGAUUCGGUUUGAGGAGCGAGUUUUGUGCCACACGCGGGACGGGCGUAAGUUGCACCUGCUCAUCAUCACAAGUGCCAACAACAAAAAACGUCUCCGACGCAGCAGUCGACAUGAGAAGGAGGGGAACAAUUUUUCCCGUCCAUCCAUUUUGGGCCCGUAUGGGCGGUUUGAAACGGGGAAGAAGGUGGUGUUGCUUAGCGGGCGGGUGCAUCCUGGGGAAGUGACGGCAUCGCAUGGUAUUCACGGUGUUAUUUCGUUUCUUCUUUCACGUGACCCACGCGCGGCGUUGGCACGGGAAUAUUUUAUUUUUUAUAUUGUCCCCAUGCUGAAUCCAGAUGGUGUCGCACGUGGUCAUUCCCGGCUUGAUCAAAACGGCUUUAACCUCAACCGAUGCUACAAGAAUCCCGAUCCACAGAUACAGCCCACCGUAGCUGCACUCCGAAAAGUCUUUGAUUAUCUUCAGAAAACUUACCUUGACAGAUUCUUUAUGUACAUGGAUUUUCAUUCACACGCUUCGCAGUCUAGUGGAUUUAUGUUCGGUAACUGCUUGCCCGAUACGGUGCAGCACUGGAACAUGAUUUUUCCGAAGAUUGUGAGCUUACAUGCAAAAGGCGUGUUUUCCUACCAACUUUGUCGCUUUGGGCGAGGUCACAUGACAAGCAAGGAGGGCAGUUCGCGUGUGCUUUUUGGCGAGCGGCUUAUUCACUCCUACACCGUGGAGCUCACCCACUUUUCAAAUAAUAGAAUGUACAUUGACGGUGCUUGCGGUGACGAUGAAAACAAUGUCAACGAUAGAACUUAUUCGAUAGUGAGCAGUUAUGGCGAUAACGACACCUGGGAGGCACGAUAUGCCAACAUUCGAGGAGCACGACUGCGAUCGGCUACGAGGUCGCAGAGCGAAAAAGGCACGUGGCCACUUCCGGGAGCGGUAAAAACGCGAUCCCAUUCGAAACGAGGGCGGAAACAGGCGUCCUCUCGACAAGGCAUCCCCAAACGGACCGGCCAAAGUGAUGGAAAAGCGGGUAAACGUGCUAUUAAAAAUGCGGCAUCCAAAGAUGAACCGUUUUGUUUUAUUGAAACCCCAUGCAUUCUCUCACAGAGUGCCGAGGUGGGUCGCGCAUGUGUCUUGGCGCUCUUAGACUACUGCGGUGUGGGGAACGAGGCCUCCGCACAGUUGAUAGACUACGGCGGCAUUGAACGCACAUUGCGAGAGGUGAGGCGAAGCAUCCGCUCGACUGUCACCCCGAGACCGCCUGCAAACCGAGUGCAGCUUAACUUUAGACAACAUUAG